GAACUUCCUUUUGCAUAAAACCUCGAAUCUCUGGCAGACAUACACAAGUCCACCUCAGUAGAGGUAACAGUUCACUCUUAACUUGAGUCAUCUCACCUGCACUAACAAAUGUCUGGUAGUGUGAAUGAUAGUGUAGAUAAAAGUUCAACAAUGGACAGAGAAGAAAAAGAAGAAAGGAUUGUUGAUAUCUACAUCACUGCAGAGGCUGUAAGAGAUAUUAAACACAAGAAACAAACUGAGGAAUCUAAAACAACAACAACAACCCAACCAUCAGAACACAAAGGAAGUGAGUGCGUGAGGAACAGAAGUCCCAGAUCAGUUCUAGUGUGUUUGGUGGUGCUGUGUGUUCUUCUACUGACUGCAGUCAUAGUGCUGUGUGUCCUGAUCUACACAAACAAUCACCAGUUUCACAUCAACUACAAAAACAUCACACAAGACAGAGACCAACUACUAACCAAAUAUACCAAACUCACAGAAGACAGAGAUGAACUGAGAGUCAACUACAACAAUAUCAAUAUGCAAUGUGAACAGAUAAAGCAGGAGAAAAAUAAACUGUUGGAGCUUCUUCAAGAGGGAUGGAAGUACUAUGAAUCCAGUUUGUACUACUUUUCAUCUGAGAAGAAGAACUGGAGUGAGAGCAGAAGAUACUGUGAAGAAAAAGGAGCAGAUCUGGUCACCAUUAACAACUCAAGAGAACAAGAUUUUGUUGGCAAUACGUCUGAUAGCAGUACACAAGACACCUGGAUCGGUCUGUCUAAGGUGGACACAUGGAAAUGGGUUGAUGGCAGCGCACUGAACUUUAUAUUCUGGGGAACUGGAGAACCUAACGGAGGAACAAAUCAGAACUGUGUCGUGAUAUCUAAAUCAUUCUGGAAUGAUCAUUAUUGUUAUGAACUUCGUAAAUGGAUUUGUGAGAGAAAGAUUUUAAAAUGAGUUGUUAAAUGAGAAACAUACAUUCAUUCACUACACUGUGAACACACAAGUGCUUUCAUGCAUAAACACCAGGACCUUCAAGUUAUUUAAUACAUUUAAUUUCAUAAUUCAUACGCAUUGCACACAUCGACACCUUUGUGUAAUUAAUUCUAGUUUAAUAUUAUGCAAAACAAUUUUUAAAUGCUACAUUAUAAAAAAAUGUAGAUUUUUUAGUAUAUCAAAACCCUUCUUUAGUUGUGUGUGUUUAACAUUGUGAAUAAAUGUAAAUAACACAUGGUUUGUUUUGAUGAUGGUAGUGCAGGAUGUAUUUAUACAGUAUUAGUUGAGAUGCAACUACUGUCAAGAAUUACACGUUUGGUACUGUAGCUCUGUAUCACUGCUGUGCUUUGAUCCUUAUGCAAAAUUGUACAAUUAUUUCCAAAUAAAUACGUUUGAA